GUUGAUAAGCAUGUCAAAACAAAAACGAAGACCUCCAAAAUCUCCAUUUUCAAUGCCAAAUCUUCCAAUAAUUCAAGGAUAUACUCAACUCUCACCAUCUUCAUCCUCAACUCCAUCUUCAACUCCAAUUAUUUCACCGGGAUUUUCAAUCUCUUCUUCAUGUAGUGCGAAUUCAUGUCCAAGUGUGGAUCCACUUGAAAAUGGAUUAGAGGUUGAUCUUCCACCAAUGUGUAAUGAAGAAGCUAACAAAAAUUUAGAAGAUGAAGAUGAAGAUGAAGAUGAAGAAGAUGAAGAUGAAAAAGAAGAUGAAGGCGAAGAAGAAAAUCUAAAUGAAGAUGAAGUGUUAAUUUGA